AUGGCGACUGAGCAAGCGGCAUCCGAGCUCAAACAACAGGGCGCCAUCGAGGCGGCACAGAACCCUGAGAGCUCCGUGUCAGCCGACGAUGCCCAGAAGAAGAUGCUCGAGGAGAGCAAGGCGGCUGGAGUGGCUGCCUUCACCUUUGAUCCAGAUGCAAGCCCGGAGCAGAAGAGAGCCCAGGCUAGAGAAGCAAUUCCACAAGGCUUCCAUUCGAAGCGGCCCAAAGGCGCAGCGCUCGUGACCGACCAAGACGACGGUACUAAGCCGGAGUACGAUCUGCCAGAAGCUUCCAAGGCCGGCGCUGUUGAGGUCUCGAAAGACGCCGACGGAAAAACGAUACAUGAGGACGGCGGCGACGAUGGUGGAGCAAAGAUGGGGCCCAUGACGGGCUGGGCACCCCAGUUCGGCUGGCCUGUCGAGUCUAUCCAGGAGGGUGAGAGCCUGCUCGAUCAUCAGACCUGGCUCGAGGGAAAAGUCCCGGACAAAUUCUACGGCGACUGGUACUACAAUGCCGCCGUCAUCGCGUUUGCUUGCAUAUCGUCGUGGUUUGUAGCUGUCCUUGGUGGCGGCCUCGGUUGGGUCCUCAUCAUCAUGGCUGUCUGCGCGACCUACUACCGGACCUCGCUUCGUCGAGUUCGCCGCAACUUCCGGGACGACCUGAACCGCGAGCUCUCGCUCAAGCGACUGGAGACGGACACAGAAUCUCUCGAGUGGAUCAACUCAUUCCUCGUCAAGUUCUGGCCCAUAUACCAGCCAGUGCUUGCGCAGACUAUCAUCAAUUCGGUGGAUCAGGUCCUGAGUGGCGCGACGCCUGGCUUUCUCGAUAGUCUGAAGCUCAAGACCUUCACGCUCGGCUCCAAGCCACCCCGUAUGGAGCACGUCAAGACCUACCCCAAGGCAGACGAUGACGUGGUCAUGAUGGAUUGGAAGUUCAGCUUCACUCCAAACGACACUGCCGAUAUGACAGCUCGUCAGGUCAAGAACAAGAUCAAUCCCAAAGUUGUUCUCGAAAUCAGGGUCGGCAAGGCCAUGAUCAGCAAGGGUCUCGAUGUCAUCGUUGAAGACAUGGCUUUCUCGGGUAUCAUGCGCCUGAAAAUGAAGCUGCAGCUUCCCUUUCCGCAUAUCGAGAAGGUCGAAUUGUGCUUCCUCGACCGUCCGACCAUUGACUACGUCUGCAAGCCCCUCGGUGGCGAAACUCUUGGAUUCGACAUCAACUUCAUCCCCGGCCUGGAGAGCUUUAUACUUGAACAGAUCCACGGCACAUUGGCGCCGAUGAUGUAUGCGCCAAAUGUGUUCCCUCUCGAGAUCGCCAAGAUGCUUGCUGGAUCUCCGGUUGACCAGGCCAUUGGUGUUGUCGCGAUCACUCUACACGGUGCCCAGGGGCUGAAGAACCCCGACAACUUCUCCGGCAACCCUGACGGCUAUGCUGUGGUUACCGUCAACAAGAGACAGCCAUUGGCACAGACCAAGGUUGUCAAGGAUACACCUAACCCACGGUGGAACGAGACCCACUAUAUUAUCAUUACCUCCUUCCAUGACUCCUUGGACACCGAAAUCUACGACUGGAACGAGUUCCGCAAAGACAAGGAUCUCGGUACUGCAUCAUUCGCUCUCGAGAACCUCGAAGACGACUACGAGCAUGAGAACCAGCGGCUAGAAAUCAAGUCUGGCGGGAAAGAUCGCGGUGUUCUGAUGUGUGAUAUUCGCUUCUUCCCGGUCUUGGAACCGACCAAGGACGAAGACGGAAACGAAGAGCCCGCGCCAGAGACAAACACAGGUAUUCUGCGUUUCAACGUCGAACAGGCCAAGGAUCUGGAUGGCUCAAAGAGUAUCGUCGGCCAGCUCAACCCAUACGCGAGCCUCCUGCUCAACGGCAAAGAGGUUCACACUACGAAGAAGCUGAAGAGGACCAAUAACCCAAUCUGGGACAAUGGCUCCAAAGAGAUUCUUAUCACAGAUCGUAAGACUGCCAAACUCGGCGUCGCCAUCAAGGAUGAUCGUGACCUAGCUGGAGACCAGAUCCUGGGGACCUACCAGAUCAAGCUAGACGACAUGCUUGAGCUGAUGGCUAAGGGGCAAGACUGGUACAACCUCUCUCAGACACCGACAGGCCGAGUGAAGAUGCAGGCUCAAUGGAAGCCAGUAGCCUUGUCCGGGGUUGUUGCCGGGACUGGAGGCUACCAAACACCAAUUGGUGUUAUGCGCUUCCAUUUCAAGAGCGCCAAAAACCUGCGCAAUCUCGAGGCGAUGGGCAAGUCUGAUCCAUACGUGCGCGUUCUGCUCUCUGGAAUUGAGCGGGGACGUACAGUGCACCACCGCAACACUUUGAAUCCGGACUGGGAUGAAGUCAUCUACAUUCCCGUACAUUCCGCGCGGGAGAAAUUGGCGGUUGAGGUCAUGGAUUUCGAGAAGAUGGGCAAAGAUCGCAGCCUUGGUCUGAUUGAGAUUCCUGCAAGCGAGUACAUAUCACAGGACGAGACUGGUGAAUACCUCGUCCAUGAUAAGAAAGCGCCGCGUGAAGACGGCCUUCGAAUGCACGGCAAGGGUGUUCCAAAGGGACUGCUCGACUAUACCGUUGCGUUUUAUCCUACGCUGAACGUUGCCGACCCCGAAGACGAAGAGGAAGAGGAGAAGGAGAAGGAGGGCACAUCCGCAGCAUCUCAGAACGGGGACGCGAAGCAGUCACUCGAUGUACCACGUUCUGGAGAUGCUGGGAAAUUCUCAUCUUCCCUGGGUGCACCUGCCGACGGUGACAAGGGCAAGGAUGUAACACCGCCCAAGUCGCCCGUCACACCAGUUUCUCCUAGCUUUCCUCGGAAGUCGAGGGAGGAAAGACACCCACCAAAGGUCCAUCUCACUCCUCAGGAGCUCGUCAAGUACGACUCUGGUCUCAUUAUAUUCAAACUCAUGGAGGCAGAAUUGCCCGAGAGCCAUGCUCAUAUCGAGGUGUUUGUGGACGACAUGGCUUUCCCCUCUUAUGUCUCGUCGACCGCCAAACACAAGUCUAACAAAUUCGACGAAAUCGGAGAUUGCUUCAUUCGCGAGUUGGAAUUCUCCAAGUUGACGAUCAAGGUCCGCGAGAAGGGCGGCAAGCACGGCGACGACGACAAGGAUAGCACGCUGGCUCGUCUGUCAGGCAAUACGCUGGACACACUGAAGCAGUGUUUGAACAAUCCUACCACGCUGAUAAUGAAAGACGAGGACGGAAGACCCAGCUCGGUGAAAGUCAGCCUCAAGUAUGUCCCAGUGAAGAUGCAGCUUGAUGCCAGUGAGAGCAUCAACAACAUGGGCAACCUUCGGGUUGACGUACUGGACGCUGUUGAGCUGCCAUCCGCAGACUCCAACGGGAAGAGUGACCCUUACUGCAAGUUCGAGUUGAAUGGCCGAGAGGUGUUCAAGACCAAGGUGCAGAAGAAGACGCUUCACCCGGCAUGGAACGAGUUUUUCGAGGUUCCUAUCCCCUCUCGAACUGCUGCCGAAUUCAAUGUCAAGGUCUUGGAUUGGGACUUUGCAGACAAGCCUGACUUCCUCGGCGGCGCAGCCAUCAACUUGGAGUCGCUAGACCCGUUCAAGGCCCAGGAGGUUAAGCUUAUUCUGGACGGGAAGUCAGGUGUCCUGAGACUACGCUUGCUGUUCCGUCCGGACUACGUGACGAGAACCCGACAAGGCUCGUCAACAUUCUCCGGUACAUUCGCUGCACCAGGCAGGAUAGUUACUGGCGUUGCUGGUGCACCUAUCAAAGGCGCCACAGGCAUUGUGCAUGGCAUUGGUAAAGGUGCCUCUUUCAUGAAGCGGGGCUUGACGGGCUGGAAGAAAGAUGAUGAUUCUAUCCCGGAAUCACCGUCCACCGGCCUUCAGGAGUCACCCGUGGUAAUCAACGGCGCUGAAUCGACACCUGGUGGUUUGAAGCGAUCGACUGGCCUUGGAUUCUCCGAUGCUGAUGUUUCACCGGACGCAUCGCCACAACCGGCCCUUGGUGCCAGCAAUGGAAACCACAACCGCACGAAGAGCUUUGGCGCAGCGUCCACACACAGUGCGGUAGUACCGGGGCCAGGAGCUGGCACGGCGACGUUCACCAUCGUUUCUGCUGCAGGCUUCCCGCCGUCCUCGGACUUGUUCAUUGUUGUCCAACAGACAAUGCCGAAGAACAAGACCAUCGGAAAGACCAAGCACCACAAGGCCUCAGGAGGGACCUUCACAUUUGGAGAGACAUUCAGGUGUGUCUGCGCCCCUGACGCCGCCUUCUCCAUUCAGGCCAAGGAGAACCACACCCUUAGAAGCGAUGAGGACCUGGGCGAACAGUUUUUCCCUCUUGACGAAUCACCUUCUGUGAGCGAGAAGACGAUCAGCGUUGGCGAAGGCACCGUUGUGGUAAAGAGUUCGUUCGUCUCCUCCGAAGCCAACGGCGGCGGCAGUCUGGCCCCCGGCAGCCCCAAGUCGGCCUUCUCCCGACGCAGUUUCCUGGGCAAGAGGGAGGGCAGCAGCGCCCGCAGCCGCGAGCCCACGCCGAACCCUUAG